GCGGGUGUGUGCGGCGACUCGUCCGGCCUGGAUUAUGCCUUCCUGAAGGCGACGCAGCGUUCGUGUGAUAUAAUAACCCGUGGAUACCUUUUGUGUGUGUGUGUGGGGCAGGUGGAACAUGCGGUAGGGGCGAGGGGGGGAACACCUCUCUACUACCCUGCAGUGAGGAGAAAGAGAUAGAGAAGGAACUUGGCGUUUCCGUCCGUCUCCCCACAGAACCAUGAAGUCAAGAAGACCCAGACGACCUGACCUGGCUCCGCUCCUGCUGGUGACCUCACUCCUGCUUGAAGGAGUAUGGGCCAACCUGCCGCCCUCGUUCACCGCGGACAUGAACCUUCACGUGGUGAGCGAGGAUACUCCCGUCGGGGCGGCUGUGUACACGCUAAAGGGCUCCGACCCCGAGGGCGGCCCCGUCAGGUACGGCCUGAGCGGCUCCGACAGGCUCAGAGUGGACCCUAACACCGGUGUGGUCACCAUCGCCAAGCCCCUGGACCGUGAGCUCAAUGACACCUUGCGGCUGGUGGUGAUGGUAGAGGACGAGGUCAAAGGUGCAGACAACAACGUGGUGAGGAUCCCCAUCUCACUCAUUGUCCUCGACACCAACGACAAUCCUCCCAAGUUCCUUCAGACCCCAUAUGAAGCCAUGAUUGCGGAAGAUGCUGCUGUGGGUAGUACUGUCCUGCCAGGCAUUAGACUCGCAGAUGAGGAUCAGGUCGGAGACAAUAUCAAAGUGGAAUGUGAACCUAUAAGUCCGGGUGGUGAUGAUUGCAAGGUAUUUGCCAUCGUAGCCUCUCAGACUUCUGCCCGUAAGUUCUCGGGCAGUCUAGUCCUCAAGCAACCUCUCCAGUACUCUGCUCGCAACCUUUACCAGUUCAAAUUAGUUGCCACGGAUGGCGGGCAGGUGUCCAGUGUGGGAGUAGUGGUGCGAGUGAGAGAUGUGCAGAAUUCCCCGCCCGUUUUCUCUGGUUCCCUCACUGGCAUUGUAACUGAAGAUGACCCUAUUGGCACCCAGGUCAUGACUCUUCGGGCAGCAGAUGGUGACACUGGAGCGCCUAGGCCCAUCAGAUACGAACUCGUUACCAAUCCACUGGACUUCUUUACUUUAGAUGCUAAAUCUGGUGAACUUCGCACUGCAAAACCGCUGGAUCGGGAGGCCCUUCAGUCUCCAGAUGGUGUGGUUAAGGUCAAAGUCAAAGCUUAUGAGACAGUCAAUGGGAUCCCUGUAGGUACUACGGACACGGAAACAGUAGUGGACAUAACUAUCACGAUUCGUGAUGUAAAUGAUGAGCCUCCGUCCUUUAAUAGACGAGAGUAUCGUGCCUCUGUGCCAGAAAAUGUUCCAGAUGGGACUCCACUCCCGAACCUCGACAUGUUUGUACAGGACACUGAUGUGGGGUCCAAUUCGGUGUUCAGUUUACGACUGGUGGACUCUUCUGGAAUUUUCACGGUGGAGCCACAGGUUGCCUCAGGCUCUUCCUCUGUCAGCAUUCGAGUGGCUCAUGGGCCCCUUGAUUUUGAAAAUCCCAACCAGCGCAAGUUCCUCUUGCAGUUGGUGAUAGACAUUGGCUAA